CUUGGUUUCUCAACCAUCUCCCAAAAGCGACUCUACGUACUUUCACCGAACCGACUUUAAGUGAACAGCAGCAACAGAAGCACGCUACGAUCACUUUCCAACGCGCCUCCCCUAUACCCCCAGCGAACACCGAGAUAAUCUUUCAGCUGGUCGCCAUCGGCGCUCGAAUCCGCGUCUAGUUCACUCCGACAUGUCGGACGCCAACUCUGCAGCCGGCUCGCGAGCUGGUUCCCCAGCCGAACCUGCGGCGCAUUUGGACACGGAUCAUCACGAAACUCCUGCUGAUACUCCUGACGACGAUGCCGGAAACAUGUCCGACAAGGAUUCAGAUCUCCUCUCCGAGAUCGACGAAGAUCAAUUCGAGGACUAUGAUCCCACCCUCGAAGAGAGACCUGUUGAGAUCGACGAGAAUGUCGCGAUGACAUUAAAGGCUGCCAAGCGCAAGCGGACAGAUGGCGAGACCACGAAGAAACCGAAAGAAGGGCGCAGGCCGAAGAAGCGGGCGCGAGCAAAUGACGACGACGGUGGUGAGCUCCCGGAGAGAGAGAGUCGGCCGCGGAAGGCACGCGCCACAGCCGGUGAGCGACGGGCUGUAGCGAAUGAAGUCGAGGAGGAGGAAGUGAACGAGGAGAAUCUCACGCCGGAAGAGCGUCGACGUCGCGCGAUCCAGAGAGCCAUGGACAACGCUUUGAAGAAUCCGACGAAGCGGAGACGCAAGAAGGACGAUAUCGACCUUGAAGACCAAAUCGACCAACAAAUAGCAAACCUCAAGAUCGCGAUGGAGAAUGCGUGUAUCGCGGACAACGAAGCGCGCGAGAAAGGCAUGGCUGCUACACAAAAGCUCAAGCUUCUCCCGCAGGUCACAGCGCUUCUCGAGCAAACCUCGGUGCAGGAUUCCGUCCUUGAUCCCGAGAUCAACUUCCUCCAGUCCGUGAAGUACUUCCUAGAGCCUCUCAACGAUGGCAGCCUGCCUGCCUACAACAUCCAGAGGGAUAUCUUCAAUGCCCUCACCAAGCUGCCAAUCAACAAAGAGGUCCUUCUGAGCAGCGGCAUCGGCAAGGUUGUCUACUUCUACACGCGGAGCAAGCGGCCGCAGGCCGGCAUCAAGCGCAUUGCCGAACGUUUAGUCGGCGAGUGGAGCCGCCCAAUCUUGAAGCGAACUGAUGACUACAAGAAGCGGAGAAUCGAGACUCGCGACUUUGACUUUGCUGCAGCGAAACUCGCCCAGCGCCAAGAAGCCGCCUUGUCGGGCUCACAAAUGCUGCUCACCCAGCGGCCGGCGGACAAGACGCGCCUGGAGCUCGAGCGCGAACGCAUGCUCGCACCCGAGGUCAAGAGGAACCGCGCCCAGCCCGCGGCGCUCCCGGCGAGCUACACCAUCGCCCCUCGCAGCACCUUCGACGCGUCCCGAGAUACCAACGACGCUCGUCCCAUGGGGGCUGGGACGAUGGCGGCGUUCAAGAGGAUGACGCAGAAAGGAAAAGGUGGCAGGCGCUAGCUUGUAUGCUCGCUAUAUACAUGGGCGAGAAAUCGGGGCGAAGUUUGUGUACUCCACGAGCAUAGGGAGGCACCGAGCGUAACGGGGCUUUAGCGUAGAUUGGACUUUCGUGGCCGGCUUUUCUUUCUGGUGUUCUGGCACGGACAUGCUAUUACGGGAUGCGGUUAUGGGUUGACACUACGCAUAAGAGGUCCUAUAGCCUCAGUAAUCGGACGUUACCGGUUGCAUUCCUUCGUUUUUACCUUGUCUUUGUUUUCAUGGUUGCUCCCUUCGCCAGGUAUGUCUGAGAGGACACGAAUAGUAUCAAGUACUGGCAUAUUACAAUCUGGAUCCCCUCUUGAGUCCGCAAAGCAAAGCAUCACCAGCCUAGCAUUGACA